GCCUGUUUCAAGGCAGUCGCUGACUCAUUCCUUGAUGGCUGCUCCAGACUCCUCAGAGCUGGAAGAACAGCUCACUUGUUCAAUCUGUUUAGAUUUCUUCAAAUCUCCGGUAACAACCUCUUGUGGACAUAACUUUUGCAAAGGCUGCCUUGAGCACUUCUGGGAAAUGAUCCAUAUUCACAGCUGCCCACAGUGCAAAGAAACGUUUGACCCAAGCCUGCCUCUGCAGAAGAAUGUCACUCUGAACGGGCUGGUGGAAAAGUGGAAAAAGGGCAUCACAGAAUGCGAAAUUGUACAAGAGACUGAGGCGCUGGAACAAAGCCAUCCAUCUGAAUCAGAAGCUAAAUUGGAACCAAGUAAGGAGGGUGAGCAAGAGAUAGCUUGUAAGCUAGACCCUGAGCCUGAGUGUGAGAGUGCAAUAGGAAAUGAACAGAGUGAUGAGAUUGUCACUGAUCCAGAUGAAGUUGCCUGUGAUUCCUGCAUUGAAAAGAAGUUAAAAGCUGCAAAGUCCUGUUUGACUUGUAUGGUGUCUUACUGUGAGAAUCACCUGAGGCCUCAUCUCGAAAAUGCAGCCUUUAAAAACCACAAACUGAUCAACCCAAUGAAAGACAUCGAACAGGGAAAAUGUUGUCUGCACGAGCAGUAUCUGGAGUUCUUCUGUAAAAACGAUCAGAGCUGCAUCUGUAAGGAGUGCGCACUGGAGAAACAUGUAUAUCAUGAGAUGAUCUCGGUGGCAAGGGCAAAGACUGAAAAGGAGAAUGAACUUCGGGAAACCAAAGCCAACAUUGACAAGAAAAUUAACGCAGUGGCAAAUGCAAUUGAGAAACUGCAGAGUAACACUUCCUGCAUCUUCAAUUCGGUAUCUGAGGUGAAAAUCAACAUUGAGAAGCAGUUCAGUGAGCUCACAGAAGCGGUUCAAGAUGCACAGAGAGAGGUGCUCGGAUUUUUGGAGAACGAACAGCGAGCUUCACUCAAACAAGCUGAUGGGAUCCGCACUCACCUGGAAACCAGUAGUGCACAGUUGAAAAAGACCAAGCAACAAGUGGAAGCACUGAUGAAGCUGGGAAACUCGGUUCAGUUCUUACAGGAAUUUUGUGAAUGGAAGAAAAGCAGACCAGAUGAUAAGCUGCCCAGUGUGUACAUCGGGUUGAUAGACAAACUUGCUGGAAUUAGUGUGGCUGUUUCCGAAUCAACAGAGAACAUUAAACAAUUACUACAGACUUCCUACAAGGAGAAGCUGAAGGCUUUUUCAAAAGAAGAGAAACUCGGAUUCAAGACAACAGUGGCUGUGAUUUGUGCUUUAAAACACCACUUGAGAGAAAAGCAACCAAAGACAAGAAGUGAUUUUCUGAAAUAUUUUGCUACACUGGCCUUUGACCCAAACACAGCCCACAGAUACCUUCGCUUGGUCAAUGAUAAUCGGAAGGUGUCCAACACUUCACCCUGGCUGCAGCCUUACCCCGAUCACCCUGAGAGGUUCGAACACUGGCGGCAAGUGCUGUGCACAGAAAGUUUCUACAUGGGCCGAUGCUACUGGGAAGUGGAGAUCCGCGGAGAGGGGACUCACGUUGGCAUGACUUACAAAAGCAUUGAUAGAAAAGGAGCCAAGAGCAACGGCUGCAUCACAGGGAAUGACUUCUCCUGGUGUGUCCAGUGGACAGGCAAAGAGUUCUUGGUCCAUCAUGGUGAUGUGGAAGUGCUGGGGAAGGCUGAGAAGUUUAGCAGGUUAGGGGUGUACUUAGAUUAUCAAAGCAGCAUCCUUUCAUUUUAUGGUGUUCAUGACACUAUGACCUUGAUACACAAGUUUGAAUCUUCAUUCACUGAACCACUUUAUCCUGCGUUUUACCUUUCGAAAAAGGAAGCAUCAGUUUCUCUGCUUUUACUAGUUGAAGAAGCUGCUGUCAAUACAGAAACUGCAUAGAAUCAACUUUGGGGCUGCAGAAAAUGAUGCAGUAUUCACCCCCCAUAACCCCACCCAUUCAAGUCCACAUCAUACAUCAUUAGUUCACAUUCCCCUCACCAGUGAGAAUAGCAGUGGUUCAAAGAGGAAAAGGUCAGUGAAAUAUAUUACCGCAGCAGUUAAGUGAUUGAUGGGAACAUUUUCAUUCUUUGUUUCAAGUGACAUUUCUCUAAGAUCAAUCCCAUCUUUUCUAAUGUAACAUAAAUGAUUGGACAUAAGAACGUAAGAGGCAGGAGUAGGCCACACAGCCCCUGGAGCCUCCUCUGUUUGACAUGCACUCUUUCCGUUCUAUUACAGCUGUUGUACUUAGGGUAUUGGUCACUCAAGAUUCCAGCUUUUCAUCCUAUCCUUAAUUGCUAAAGUAUCUGCUCUGUUUUGUCUCUUCAUUUGCUGUGUAGUGAUGACAAGCAUUUUGCAACUAACUCACACACUAAGUAACCGAUUCUUACUAUUAAGGUGUAAAACCCAAACUCUGGUGCAGGCGAGUCUGCAUGUUAUCAGUGCCAGCCCCAGGCUGGGUAAAUGGGGAGGGUUAGUGGCAGGAAUGGCAUCUGGCUAUAAAACCACCCCCGACAAAUCCAGAAAAACUGAUUGAUAUGAAGGCGAUCAAGUGGAACCAACCGACCAAGCAACUGUUAAGGUGUAAAAAUGAAUAUUUUUUAGAAUGUGAAUAAAUGAUAAAAAGGGACUAAAUUCUCUUUUUCUCACUUUUCCUCCUCCCCCCACCUUGUUUGGGUUUUGUUUCCUGGGCACCAGUCACGCUUUAUCCAAAAGACCAUUAUUCAUAACAUAUUGUUGGCUGGCUAAUCGAGUGUAGGGAGCAUCAUAAACAAACCUGAUCCCAUUUGGACCCAAUGCUGAUAUGCCUUCACUUCCAGCAGUAGUCACCAGAUAGCGCUCAGGCCUGCAAACCCUGACUGAUCUCCUCUUCCGCAGUACAAGAAGUACUGGGACCAUUGAGGCGCUCCUACCUUUACCCAACACUGUAGUCAUCUAUCAGGAACGCCAAUCAAUUCUUGCUAACUUAUCGCUCUAGUUUAUAAUAAUUCUAGGCAGGAAGGGCAACUGACCAAUGCUUCAGCUAGUUUGACACUCUCUGCCGAUACAGAAUGGAAAUGCCGGCUUAUAUGAUUUUGAUGUCGGCUGCUUUUAUUUCAUAGGCUUCUGCACUGAUUUCCUUAACGUGUUUUCAAACAUCAAAAACAACAGAGCAAAACCUUCAAUAGACAUGCUUGCUGACCUGCAACUGAAACCCACUUGUGAAUUUGUUGAGACUGAAUAAAUGACAUAUUUUGAUAAAUUACCCUUUUUUGAUAAACAGAAGGAACAGAGAUGAAUGCUGAACCAGGGUACGAUUAUGUGUUGGAGCACCUACUGAGGCUUUGUAAUUAGUCGAAUUGCACGUUGUGUAAAAAUGAAACCUCUUGGUCAGUGACUCCAUGGAAAUCACUGCUGAAUGUUUUAACUGAGGUAACAACCUACUUGAAAUAAAUAUUUAUUAAAAGUUA